AUGGAACUCUCCGCGAGGGCGAUCGAAGAAGCGGUCCAUCCCACUGCUGCUUUUUGCCCGUUCCCAGAUGAGACCCGAACAGCCCAUGCCCAUGCCCACCAGCAUACCGCCCCCCAACCAUCGUGGGGAGAUUCUCUCCUGAAUCCCAAAAACCGCAUAGACAGCCUCGCUCUACCCGACGACCCCCUAUGGCGUAUAGACGGCUGUGCCGGUCUCGGCACUCAAUACUACACCGUGCCGCUCUUCCUCAACAAUCGUCCUCCAAUGCGCAUGGAUGUCUUCAUACCAGAAAACCAGCCGGAUCUCAUCCGUGAGCAGCUCGACCUUGACAAAGCAUUCCACACGAAGGACGCUGCGCGUCUGUCCAGACUAGCCAUCACGACACACAUCAUCCGAACAUUACGACUAUGGACCUUGUCCAGUUUCCGGAGCUUAGCGGCCUUUGAACAAUUAUACCGAGCUGCGCCCUUUGGGUCGCGUAUCGUAUUCGUUACCAUGUCGCUGGACAUUCACCAGAUCCGGGUACAAAUCGGCACAAACCACAACCUUGAGCGAAAGCUACUUUCUCGUUCAAGCUUGACAUCACUCUGGGGGGCAGAGUUCCCAUUCCUCCAAGAGGUCGACUUCUUCGACGUCUGCGUUAUUGCCGUUCUCCACGAUAGCGUCUGUCUCGUCCGGAUCCACGAGCAACUAUUUAUCUUCAAAGCCUUGGUCAGCGGAGCCAACUACCUCUAUCACGAACUUAAAACGCUCUGUACCCUGGAGCCACACCAUAAUGUCAUCGCUCGACCCAUACACAUCGUCAAGAAGGCGUGUAACUUCGGCGGGAAGAAAGCGGUUGUCGGUUUCACCACAUUCUACCACUCCCAGGGCUCCCUCCGAGACAUUCUUCCUCAACUGCGCAUCGGCGGCCAACUUCGACGAUCAGACCAGUUCAAAUGGUCAAUACAGCUGACUACAGCUCUGGAACACUUGCGUACUACCUCGGCAACAUACUACCCUGACCUACGUCUCGACAACGUCGUCCUCUCGGAUAAAGACGACAUCGUCAUGGUUGACUUCGAACAGAGAGGAGUCUGGUGUGAAUUUGCGGCGCCCGAAGUCAACGCUAUAGAGUACAUUCGCCUGCUCGCGGCCGACGAUCAAAUGCCAGACGACGUGCAGACCAAGUACACAGAGAUGAUGAGGGAGCUUGUGCCUGAAUUCGAUAGCCUCCAGCUGGAUCGCUACACAGACCCAGAAAAAGGCUACAACGUAACAUGGAUUGCCCUCAGUCCAGCAGAGCAAGAAGCCGCCGAGGUGUAUAUGCUAGGCAGGAUGCUCUGGUGCAUAUUCGAAGGGGUCAGUGGACCUCAGAAGGCAGCUGUGUGGCAGUCAUAUCGAUGGGAAUCGGACCUGGAGUUCCCAGAAUACGAUCGGACACCAGCUGAAAUGAGGGAUCUCAUUGACCGAUGUACUAGGGGAAGAAGAGAGGGCCUGGCCAGCAUCAUCAUCCGACAAUCCAGUCGAUUGGUUCUGCGGAACACCCCCACCAGCGACCAAAGCGCUGACGAUGUCAGAGCAGCCGCCAAGGGCUUCUGGACAUCGGAAAUCGAGGUGGCUGAGAGAUUCCUGGACAUGAGGAGCUCGCAACGGGCGAUGGGGACAUGGAACGACAACUACUAUGACCGGCCUACACUCAAAGAAGUUCUGACUGCUCUCGAGUCCUAUCGAGGGCAACUCAUGUGA